AUGUACCUGGAGGAACAUGAUGUACCUGGAGGAACACGAUAUUGUAAGGAACAUGAUGUACCAGAUUGUAAGGCACACGAUGUACCAGAUUGUAAGGAACACGAUGUACCAGAUUGGGAGGAAUACGAUGUACCAGAUUGUAAGGAACACGAUGUACCAGAUUGUAAGAAAUACGAUGUACCAGAUUGUAAGGAACAUGAUGUACCAGAUUGUAAGGAAUACGAUGUACCAGAUUGGGAGGAAUACGAUGUACCAGAUUGUAAGGAACAUGAUGUACCAGAUUGUAAGGAACACGAUGUACCAGAUUGGGAGGAAUACGAUGUACCAGAUUGUAAGGAACACGAUGUACCAGAUUGUAAGGCACACGAUGUACCAGAUUGUAAGGAACACGAUGUACCAGAUUGGGAGGAAUACGAUGUACCAGAUUGUAAGGAACACGAUGUACCAGAUUGGGAGGAAUACGAUGUACCAGAUUGUAAGGAACACGAUGUACCAGAUUGUAAGGAACACGAUGUACCAGAUUGUAAGGAACACGAUGUACCAGAUUGUAAGGAACACGAUGUACCAGAUUGUAAGGAACAUGAUGUACCAGAUUGUAAGGAAUACGAUGUACCAGAUUGUAAGGAAUACGAUGUACCAGAUUGUAAGGAACACGAUGUACCAGAUUGUAAGGAAUACGAUGUACCAGAUUGUAAGGCACACGAUGUACCAGAUUGUAAGGAACACGAUGUACCAGAUUGUAAGGAAUACGAUUUACCAGAUUGUAAGGAACACGAUGUACCAGAUUGUAAGGAACACGAUGUACCAGAUUGUAAGGAACACGAUGUACCAGAUUGUAAGGAACACGAUGUACCAGAUUAUUGGGAGGAACACGAUGUACCAGAUUGUAAGGAACAUGAUGUACCAGAUUGUAAGGAACACGAUGUACCAGAUUGUAAGGAAGACGAUGUACCAGAUUAUUGGGAGGAACACGAUGUACCAGAUUGUAAGGAACACGAUGUACCAGAUUGUAAGGAACAUGAUGUACCAGAUUGUAAGGAACACGAUGUACCAGAUUGUAAGGAACACGAUGUACCAGAUUGUAAGGAACACGAUGUACCAGAUUGUAAGGAAUACGAUGUACCAGAUUGUAAGGAACAUGAUGUAGCAGAUUGGGAGGAACACGAUGAACACGAUGUACCAGAUUGGGAGGAAUACGAUGUACCAGAUUGUAAGGAAUACGAUGUACCAGAUUGUAAGGAACACGAUGUACCAGAUUGUAAGGAACACGAUGUACCAGAUUGUAAGGAACACGAUGUACCAGAUUGUAAGGAACACGAUGUACCAGAUUGUGAGGAACAUGAUGUACCAGAUUGGGAGGAAUACGAUGUACCAGAUUGUAAGGAACACGAUGUACCAGAUUGA